AUGUUUUAUACAACUCAAGUUCAGCAGAUGCAACGAAGGGAAAUUUCUAAUAAGAAUUGUGGAAUUAAAUGGUUAAGUUGUUUAACUGAAUUGCCUUAUUAUCAUUCUGAUUCAAAUGAUUCUGCAGACAUAAUGCAUGAUAUUUUUGAAGGAGUUAUUUUGUGUGAAGUUAAAUUGUUUCUUUAUCAUGUGCUAUAUGACGUCAAAUAUAUGUCCAUUGCAGAACUGAAUAGAUGCAUCAAGUUUAUGGAUUAUGGUAUUGUCUGCAGCUCAAAACCUAGUACUAUUAAUGAGUCACGUAUGAAAAGUACUGACUCUUUACUAGGUCAACACUCUGCUCACAUGCUUACAAUGUUUAUUUAUUUGCCACUUAUUUUGUCUGGUGUUAUUGAUAAAGUAGAUACACAAAAGUGGAAACUUUACCAAAUCUUAAAACAUUUGUGUGAUGAACAAUCCACAGACUAUGUGCAGAAUGAUUGUUCACAAACUGAUUUCACAAUUGCAAAUAAUCAUGUUUCACUUAAUCAGACUAGCUCUGAUGUUCGUAAAUUGCUUGAUAAGCAUCAGACAGGUAAACUUGUCAUUGUUGAAUAUGAGACAACUGGAAUUAAAUUGCACAAAAAGAAAAUAACACCUCAUGGACAUAUUGAGGAGUGGCUGAAAACAAUUAGAAAGUUUGAUGGUGUCCAUGCUCAAGCUAUUCGUAAACAAAAACCCAUUUCCUUAACAACUUUUGAUGUUGCAGUUCCUUUUUCAAAUGAAGAACGAAACAUUAUAAGUGAGUUGUCAUUUGACGACAUUCAGUAUGAUCGAAAACCAUUUAUUCUUGAAAAAACUAGAGUAUCACGAAGAAACUGGAUUAAGUCAUCAAAACCGCCUUUUCAUGAGUUUAUUCGGAAAUUUCCCUCAUUAAAAGAUUUAGGAUUUGAUUUUCAGAGAGAGUUUACAGCAACAUUUGAAAAUGCUCAAGAUUUGCUUAUGCAAUGGGAGGAUAUCGCUCCUCAUUUUAUUACUUGGGCUCGCAGAAAGGCGAAUCCAAUGGUAAAGCAACUACUUUUAGAGCUUGACAGCCAGCUAAUACAUUCAAAUGAUCGAAAUAUGGAAUUUGCAUUUCAUUUGCUUCCGUACAUUCUUCAAGUGCCUCCUAGAAAUAAGGAUCGACCGUCUACAGCUGAAGUUGCAGCUCACUUUAUUCGAAUCUUUCCUGACACUACACCUAUGGAGACUAUAAUUGGUGCAAAUAGACACACUUCGUUCAUGCAUCCAUUUGUUAUUACACUAGGGGCUCGAGGCAGCUUGAUUCAGUCAUUUAUUUUUAUAGAAGACAAUGUUGUUUCAAUUAGAAAUGGCAUGUUAAGUGCAGUAGACCGUUUACUCAAACUAUACUUUGUUAUCGAUAUUGAAUAUGUGCUAGAAUGCAGACAUGUUUUACAUUUUUUACAACGUGUAGUUAUGGGUAUUAAUGACGAUUUGCCGUUAUCAUGAGGUGGCAGUGAUCUGUCAUUGUUUGUGAAUCAAAUAGUUAAUGAAGUGGAUAAACUUUUAAAUGUUUUUAUUUUAGUGGAUACCACUAUAUUUUUUAUUUUGUAAUUUAUAUUGAAUUUGUGAUGUGUACAUAUAUGUGGCUAAGUGUACCAAAACGGCUAGUUAGCCAUAUUGGUAUAAACAAUAAAAUAACAGUUACCUUGUAUAACAGUUAUAUAUAAUUGUUUGGAAAUGUUUAUUUUAUCUUACUCAAAAUAUUUACUUUUAGACUAGAA